AUGAAAAGAAAAGCCGAUGAAUUAAAAGCUGAGAACAAAUUUCUUCGAAAACAAAAUAAAAGAAUCAAAGAAUUCCAAAGCCAAAUUGAAGAAGUCGUUGAACUCAAAGAAAAGACUGGAUACAGUUUCGUUGACCGCAGUAAAGGAGUGUGUAUGAAGAAUUUGGUAUUAUUAAUGAAAAUUCGUCAAGAAAAUAGUUAUUCUGUAAUAACUAUACCGAUUUUGUCUACCUAUCAAGCUAUUGCAUUAUUAAUGCAAGUUUCCACAUUGUUGACAAAGAAAGGUGCUGAAAUUAGAGAUGUUGUGCGUAAAGAUAGUGUUUAUGGGUUCUUGAAGAAAUCUUGGAUAGAUGAAACUCGCAAAAACAUUUCUACUCUUUUGGAAGGGCCUCUUGCAUGUAACAAGCGCGCAUCUUUGCAUGGUGAAUGUAAAUCUUUAAUUUUUAAUUAG